GGGAUUGGGAAUUUGGCCUGGUAACUUGGCAACCACUGAACUAACUACCCGCUGAAGGUAGCUGUAGGGGCGUCGGGGUUUGUGCUUUACGGUUGGGUUACUCUGGUUUCUUAACGGAAGCUAGCAGCAAAGCCAAGCGUCCCCGCCUCCGUUGCCAUAACAACGAUAUACAAUCCUAACUACCCGCUCGCCCCACACCCCAGUUGCGUCUUCCAAAAAACAGACCUGGCCUCUCAGCACCAAGAUCCUCUCCAUAACUACUUCUAGAGCAAGAGAACCAGGGUCUGUGCCCCGCUCCGAAGACAAAUUGGGUUGGAGGGUUGGAGGCUGUGCGUCAGGGCAAUGGCGUUAAGCAGAGAGAUCGCAUUAGAAGAAAUGAACGGAGCAGGGGUUGGGGGUGGAAGGGAACCCGGAGGUGGGGUGUAGGUAAGAGAGAGGAGGAGGGGUUAGUGGAGGAAGAUUUUAGGAGGACGUGUAGAACUCUGUCAAAGGGAAUUCAGGAAGCAGGGACACUGGGUUGCUGCGGCAGAGUUGGAGCCACUGUGAAGGCAGGAAAGGUCCAGGAGUAUGGGAAAGUGUCCUGAAGGGAGCUAGAACCUCCAAGCACAGGUUGGGAGUCCGAGGAUGUUCUGCAGGAUGAGGAAGGACGCACAGCAGAACUGAGUUUCACCUGACUCCAGAGGGCAGAGGGGAGAAAGAUGUCGGAUGAAGAUGAUCUGGAUGACAUUGAGCCAGACCAGGAUGAUCUGGAAAAAGAAGAAGAUGAGAAGGAGAUGGACGAGUGGGAUGACUACAGGAAGGAGGGAGAAGAAGUCUCCGAGGAAUGGAUGCCCACCCCGCUCACGGAGGCCAUGAUGAAGGAAGGACUUUCUUUACUCUGCAAGACUGGCAGUGGGCUGGCUCACGCUUAUAUUAAGCUGGAGGCUAAAGACAGGGACCUCACAGACAUCAACCUUCUGCGCUCCUACAUCCAUCUUCGUUACGUGGAUAUUUCUGAGAACCACCUCACAGACCUGUCACCGCUCAACUCUCUCACCCACCUACUGUGGCUCAAGGCUGACGGCAAUCAGCUUCGGAGUGCCCGGCUGAAUGAGCUGCCCUACCUGCAGAUCGCCAGCUUUUCCUACAACCAGAUCAUGGACACUGAAGGCAUCUCUCAUCCCCGUCUAGGAAGCCUGGAUCUCAAAGGGAACCGCAUCCACCAUGUGACGGGGCUGGACCCUGAAAAACUGACUAGCCUGCAUACCCUGGAGCUUCGGGGGAACCAGAUAGAAAGCACAUUGGGAAUCGGCCUUCCUAAGCUGAAGAAUCUCUUCCUGGCUCAAAACAUGCUGAAGAAGGUGGAAGGCCUGGAGAACCUCAGCAAUCUGACCACCUUGCAUCUUCGAGACAACCAGAUUGAAACUUUGGAUGGCUUCUCCAAGGAAAUGAAAUCACUGCAGUACCUGAACUUGAGGAGCAAUAUGAUUGCUGACAUAGGGGAGAUGGCCAAGCUGCGGGACCUGCCGAAGCUUCGAGCCUUGGUGAUGUUGGACAACCCGUGUGCAGAUGAGACCGAUUACCGCCAGGAGGCCCUGGUGCAGAUGGCGCACCUAGAGCGCCUAGACAAAGAGUUCUUUGAGGAUGAGGACCGCGCUGAGGCAGAGGAGAUCCGUCAGAGGAUGAAGGAGGAACAGGAACAAGAACAGGAUGUAGAUCAUGACAUGGAACCAUACCAGCCACCAGCUUAGCUGCCCUCCCAGCCUACACAGAUGGAGACCAAGACACUGGCCUCAAGAAUUGAUGAGACUCCGGUGGGGUACCACCACACUCACAGACCUGUGAUAGGAAGGGGGAGAUGCUGGCUGCCUUUUGUCUCCGAACUGAAAAUCCAUCAUAUCCCAAGGCCCAGGCUUUUUGGUGGUCAUCUUUGUGUGGCUUGUUCUAUGGGCCUAAAGCCCUAAGGUCUGUCUGGAGCCUAGAUCGGGGACAGACCUCAAGCAGGUCUGGAGCAACCAGGAUGCUUGUAGCGGUUAUCUGGAGAAAGGAGCCAAGGAGGUGGGCUGUGAUGGGACAGUUCAGGUUUCAAAUAAAAAGGUAUUUUGAUA